AUGCUGUAUCAAGCGCUUGCUACAGGAACGCCUGUUGUCGUUUCUGGGAUCGAUCCGGGCGAGACCAACCUGACGCCGGAGUUCUUCAUCUCGCGGCAUGGCGACGAGAUGGUCACAGUCACCAACACGAAUACCGGUGCUGACAGGACUCUCAUGCUGAGAGAGUAUAUGCAUAGCUUUACUACCCCAUCUGCCGACGUUGAACCAGAGAAGCUCAAGGAUUGGCCACCAACGAGAGGCUUCGAGGCGGCUUUCCCGGAUAUGUUUGAGAUAUUUGAGGAUACUCUAGUCGGCCCCGUUUUGACGUCGAAGUACGGGGCGUUGAAUCUAGAGACAAGUAUGCCGGCCGGCUCAUGCCCGCCUGAUACGGGGCCGAAGGCGUACAUUGCUCACGCAGGGGCUGGGGGAACCACUACCCGGUUACACUGCGACGUGACGGACGCCGUCAACACCAUGUUCCGUUCGCAACGGUCAAAGCAUGACACGGAGGACGGUGCCUUAUGGACGAUGAUUAAUCGAGACCAUAUGGCAUUGGCUGCGAGCCUAUUGAAAGAUUGGAAGGCAGGCCAAUUCACCGGACAUCCUAUACACUCCCAAGAGAUCUUCGUCACCGAAGAAGACGUUACUCGUCUUCGGGACCACAAAGUACACGUCUGGACGUUUGUACAGAAACCCGGCGACUCUGUAUUUAUCCCAGCGGGUGUAGGCCACCAGGUCACGAAUCUAUCAUCUUGCGUCAAAAUCGCCGUUGACUUUCUGAGUCCCGUUAAUAUAUUGUUCUCGUACCAGAUCGGCGAAGAAUUACGCCAGCAUCGGCUCGAAAGCGGGGACCGCGAUGCAGAAGAUGUUCUACAAUUGGCUCAGAUGUGUUGGUGGUAUUUUGUGCGAUCGCAGACUGAUGAGUACAGUCGUGCACGCCUUGAUCCCGCCUCCGACCCCUGGGUGUCGCAAUAUUCGGCAGCGCCUCGCUAUCUGCAGGUCCCUGUUCAAACUGACACUGGCCAACAAGCCGAUAAGCAAACGACGUACGAUGCUCCCGGCAUGGAUACGCACAUGAGCGACGCCGCGAUGCUGGGGGAAUCGUCUCUUAGUACGACGCGUAAGUAUGCCGAUCGUGGAAACACCGAUGCGCAGGACCCGAAGUCUUCAAUCCCACUUCGACGUGUAUCGGAAGAUGUCUCGCCCGCGAUCGUGCCAUCGAAGCGCUCUGACCGUGCAGAAACGCGCACAGAUCUUCGUCAUAAGCGGGCCAAACGGGUGCGUGAAGGCAAGCUGAACCAGAGCACGGAGAGAACCCUUUCAUGUCCAAUCGAUGAGCCCGGUCAAUGUAAACGGCGAGAGUCUUUAUUCAAGCCACAAGAGUUACUUAAUCAUUUAGAGCAAGCACAUCGUGAAUACGUGACUUACAGGCACCCCAGCCGCAACAUGACGAAGCCUGGAUUGGUCACCCUGCGAGCCAAGAUACUCUCGAAUGCGGGCGACGAUCAGGCGUUUAUAGCCUACCUGAAGCGAGAGGUCCUUAGCAAGACUCCAUCGUUUCCGGCUUAA